GCCAAUGUUGACAGUGUAUAUGCUCUACGGGAUGAAUUUGUCACCAAGAGAGGCCUUUCUGCUGCACCUCUCAGAGAUGCAGCUGUUGAAGCAUACAUGAAAGAGACCCUUACUCAGUUAGAUUCAUUAGCUCAACAUAGUGAGCUGCAGAGUGGAGCAUCUUUGGGUCGAGUAUGCUAUGAACGCGGACGCCUGCUCUCUGUGUGCCCAGGGCAGGAGGCGCAGGCUGAGCAGUAUCUUGGAAGAGCAAGUAAAUUCAAUAUCCCUGGGGCUUGGACCUUGUUGGGUGAAUGCCUAUACAACAGAGGAGAUCUUGCUGGUGCUACUACCUGUUUUAAUAGAACUCUAACCUCAGGAGAGGACAAAGUUGCACUCAGAAACUUAUCCAUGCUGAUGCGCGCCAUGCCGGCCACCACACCACAGCAGCGAGAGAAUAAUAUCAACAAGGGUGUGGAGUAUGCAAGACGAGCAGUGAAGCAAGAUCCUGCUGAUGGUAGAUCAUGGAUGGUUUUAGGCAACGCUCUCCUCUCUGCCUUCUUCGCCGUGCACGCCAACACCACAACACUGCAAGCUUGCCGCGCUGCGUAUGCCCGAGCUGAGCAGGACAAAAAUGCCAGUGUUCUUCCUGAAUUGCACUACAGCAAAUUUCAGGUGUGGUGGUAUGAGGAGCAGUACAGUGCAGCACUAGCCAGCAUCAGGACGGCGUGUCUGCUGGAGCCGUCGUGGCAGGAGUGCAGGGCUAAGCUGCAGCACAGCACCACCUUCCUGCGAUCCCUCGUAGCUAUGGUCGCUAAGCACGGCCAACUCAACCCUAAACGAGUCAGCAACAUCAGCAAGAGUAUCAAGAGUAUCCACUUGGGUCCCUAUGAACGCGGCGGCACCGCUCUCACCAACGACGUUCAGCCGCAGCUCGUGACGUUCCAGCAGCUCAAGCCUGGCACAAACACCGAUAAAAUCGUGCAAGGGAUCGUGGCAAGCACGCUGGUGCCAGAGUCCGGAAUCCCGUUCGUGAUGUGCCUGGUGGACGCGGAGGGAACAUGUCUCCCUGUUACCGUGUACAAUUGGGCGCCGGGUUCAGAGGUGAAGAUCGGUGACGCGGUCGCUGUCUUGGCGCCGGUCUUGCGCAUCCAGAUUCUAGAACGCGCGUGUCUCAACGACUCCGUCGAGUUGCCUAACGGGGAGACGCUGGAUCUGAAACAACAGGAAAUUAGACCCAGCGCCAAUGAAGAUUACUUAGAAAUGCCCACGCUGAAGAACCUGAACGUAGAGGCUGAUGAAAAGGAAGCACUUGAAGGUACUAGCAGUAGGAGAAAAAGUACUUCAAAAUCUGAAUUUGGGGCGGUAAAGUUGAAGGCUGAUGACGCUUCAAAAUCAGAUGGUGUAACUGUUGUUGAGAAUAAGAAUUCUAAUGAAGAAAGUGCGUGUGACCGGACUAAAAGUGAUGACGCGAACGAUAGCAAGUGUAGUGAAGUAAUCGAUGAGUCAAGUGCCAUGAGUUGUGAUGAUCAGCCAUGCGUUGAAGCCGAGAUUACAAGGAAAGAUACAACGCCUCUUAAGUCUAUCAAAGGAAACACCCUGGCUUCUGUAAGUCCUGGCUCAAGUGAAUCGAGGAAACGAACAAGUGCUGGCAGGAGGUUACCUGCUGACGGGAGUAGCGGUAAAGCCAAUUUGAAAAACUUGAAUAAAUUAAGCAAAACUGACGGCUCUAAAAAAACUAAUGACGGUACACCUUCUAAAACUGCAGCUUAUUUGCCAUCAUCUAGUGAUAAAAAGACUCAAAUUGCCGCAGAGAAUAAGAAUAAAUCAUCUUCUACAGUAUCCAGUGCCUCUAGAAACAUUACAAGCAGAAUCAAUGCUACGGAAACCAGAGCAAAAAUAUCGCCUAAGAAACAAACUAAAAAUGACGCGAAAAUUCAGGCGCCGACUAACAGUUUAGUGAACAAAAACCUAGGAAUCUCUGGUAAUCGAGGCACCAACAGUGAUCGUAGUGGUAAACCUAUUAGAUCAGGUGCUGGUACUAGUAAUAAUAGUAGUAAUGUUGCAAGUAAUAAUAGGAUAACAGGCAGAGCAAAGCCCGGUCGAGGGAAGUCUGCUACAGAGACUAGCGAGGAACCCUCAGCUAAAAUAGAGCUGCGGAACAUACGGGUAGUUGCUCCUGUGAUGCUGGUUGUGAACAAACGCCAAGUCACGUCUGGACAAGUGGCUGCUUCUUAUAUUGUGUCGCAAAACAAACCUGAAUGAUUAAUAGGAUUUGUCGUAGAAGAUUUAAAACGAACUAUACCUACAUUGUGAACUAUUUCUAAACAAACCUGAAUGAUGAAUGUGAUUUGUCGAAGAUUUAAAAUGAACCACUAUACAUAGUGAACAAUUUUAAACCUUGGAAAAUGAUGAUCAACGACGCUGCUGGCACAUAGUAUCAAUUGCGGUUACAGCUUCUUUAAUUAAUAAAUGCAACAUUAUAUUCAUUUCAGUGGAUCGGGACUUAGAGUAUUCCCUUAAAACAUGCCAGAUUUGACCUUUUUUAUCAGGGUCUUAAAAUGCACGAGUGAAUACACAAUUCUCAAAAGCAAUCUUGACCAAAAUUCGCGUGACGGUCUCGUCAAUUAUUGAGUUUCUCCAAGAACGGAAUUGAUUGGUUUGUCAGAACAGACGCGUUUGUUGUGAUGUCUCAAAUUAGUAUAAAUAUAAAGAAUUCUUCAACAUUGUGUGUAUUUUAAGGAACGAAAUGGAAAUAAACUUCCUAGGAUUUCCCUCGCAUGAAGCAAUCACUCGAUAAUUUUCCCCUAUCGUCCAUUGUAACAAGAUCUGCAAGCAACUAAAUUAAUAAUUAUUUUAAUAUUUUAUGUCACUUAGAUGCAAGAAACUUGUCUAAUCGAAAAGUGUUCAUAUUAGUUGAUAGUUCAAAAUAAAAAUAUAGAUUUAUUUACUUGCUGAGUUUUCUCCUGUAGUCUCUUUAUGAUGAAAAUCAUAAAGAGACAUAAUCAUACCUUAUUUGUGUACAUUGUGUCCCGGGAAAACCUUGCUGCUCUGCAGCUAUAUUUGAUCUUUUGAUUUCAUGCAUGCAUUAUAAAUAACACGUCCUCAACCAUAGAGACAUUCUAAUUUAUUACUUCAAAAGCUCCAUAAAAUCGAACUUCGAAGCAUAAAUGGUUAUCGAAUGUUCACGAGCUAAUUUUGUUGCUUAUUCUACUGCAUUUUAUUCCGCGGUUAGACAAAUUUCCAAAAUUAUUGUACAUGGUAAAUUGAUUUUAAUGUUUGUGAAUUAUUUAAAAUUUAUUCUGCCGUCAAUCAUCAUGCCGUUUGAAAAUCAAUAACAACAACUUACACCAUUGUGCCUAAUAAGCUUAAUGGCCUCGGUUAGCUGUCAAAAUAAUUUCGUUUUUCAUCUGCGCCACCACAAUAAAGUUUAAGUUUUAUGGAAGUGAUAUGACGCGAAGUUCUAAUAAUGUUAAGUUCCAAUGAAGUAAUGUGACCUAAAUGUUCGCUACUUGAGUGAUGUAGCUACUUGGAUAUCUGCAAUUGUGUGAAAAAUUGCUUAUGCCGUGCCUACCAAUUUUAAUUAGCUACAAAACUAGAAGAAACUGAGAAAGUUCUUUAGAUUUUUAAUUUAUUUCUAAUAUGUCACCAUAAUUCGAAAGUUUCUCUGAAAAAAAUGUACUUUAAUAUCUUUUUACUCUCAUCUUUUAUAUCAUCCAUCGAAGAAAUAUUUUCGUCAAAUUACCAAGUCCACGUUUUAAUGCAGUUAUCUUUCUUAAGCCUAUAUUGACGAUUAUGUUUUCAUUUUACGUCUUGCCACUUGAGUAUAAAAAUCAAUAAUGUGACUAUUUUUAUUUUAGAGAUGUUAUAUUUUAUUACCUAUAUACCGUACCAUCGCUAUUAAUGCACUUCAUCCCUGUAGCAACGAAGUGAUUCGAAGUAACGAUGCCCUUCUGAAUCAUUUAGCACAGUCUGGUUCCAGGUUUACUUGCCUAAACUUCCUUCUUGCUUACACUGGACGUUGUAACUGAACGUUUGUAUAUUGUAUUCGAAUGUUUAUUUGGUGUGGAGUGAAUUAAGUUUCUCUUUUUUUGUGUUCGUAGCGGUAUUGAAACAUUUGCAAUUCAUUUGAGAUGAUAUACGAAGCUCGGUUGUUAAAUCAUGUUCAUACCAUCACAUACAGUCCAGAGGUAGAGUUCUUGCUUAGCAGUUCUCCUGCUAUCUUCUGUAGAAGAUGUAGAAUUACCUACCGUACCUUCGCAAAAAGCAUGCAUAGCAGUUUCUCGACGAUACAUUGUAAUCAAAUUAAAACUCGUCGAUUUAAUGUCGGCAAAUUUUUAACGACAUAGUCGUGCUAGCUCUCUAAAUUGGAAAGACUUACCUAAAUGGAAUAACAGAUUGAUCUAUAAGAAAGUUUAAUAUAAUAAUUCGUAACUAUUGCCACGACGUUAAAUGUCAGUAAUAGUGAAACAAGCGUUACUUCGGACCAUACUGCGGCAGGUCGCUUACACGUAAAUGCAUCAUUUUUACUGAACAUUUAUUUGUGAUCCUCUUCGGUAUUGCAGCCUGCACUUAAUUGACACCCUGCUUUUUCGCAAGCACUUCCAACAUCGUGUAAACUGGAUUUCAAUGUAUUGCCACCACUAUAAGUGAGAGUUGUAAGAAUCAGACCACAGUUUUUCAGUAUAGAUCAAGUUAUCAAUUGAUAAUUAUUGGGAUUUGUUACAUACGAGUUAUUAUACCUAGAGAUCCUCUUAAAUUUUUCAUAAAUCCUUUUCUGACCGAAGAACCUAAGGAGAUACAAUGACACUUGUGUGACACAUGCACCGUGGAGGCCAUAUCUCGAGCCUGCAAUUACUGAUCGUCAAGAGCCAUCACAGGUCCUGAAUUGAAUAAAGAUUAUCCAAACAACC